UGUAAGGAGUUUAACUUCGUGAAAACUAAUUUCAAGCACCAAUGUUUAAAAUAUUGUAUAAUUUACAUGCUUAAUGAUUUUUUUUUUGAUUUUUUUUUUAAUUUAGAAAACGUUUUCAAUGUUUAAUGUUGUCUGUUUUUAAAAAAGCAAAUGAAAUUUUGAUAUUCAGUUGGAGUCAUACCAUUUUAAGAUUAAAUAUAAUUCAAUUCGUACCAAGAACAAAAACGCAGGAACACUUCUUCAAGUUAUUUUCCCCUGUAAUAUUCAAAGUGAAGCAAUCAAAGCACGUUGAAACUUUUUCUGAAAAUAGCAAGACACUUCCGACCUGUAGGUAACUUGAGGUAAUAUUUCCAGUUUUAUUUGAUGCUUUCUAAGCCCUACGAAUUCACUGCGCCUAAACAAACGUUUGCGGGAAGUAUAUCGCAGACAAACAUAAUAGGUAUCCACAGGACGGUAUAUCCGCAAAGGAUUUAAACAUGGAUAUAUACUCAGUUUGAAAGAAUGCUAGGAGGAAAACAUUCAACUGCUGUAGAAAAAAGUACCGAACGUAUAUAUUCUAACAAUGCACAUACAUUUGAUUACCAGAAACAACAAUUCUCAGACUGCAAAAUGAACAGACGAAUAUAGACGGCUAGACGGCACAAAUAACGUUUUACCUCGGAAAUUGCAAAAUUGAUGAAAAAAGAUCAAAACUUGUUACAUAAGUGAUAUUAUUUGACGUCUUUGCUCUGUAAGAGCUUUAUAUGCACACAGUGCAAGAAAUAUUGAGUAAAAUAGGAAUAAGUAGAACACACGUUAUGAAUAUUGAACCUGGAAUAAGACUAUGAAAUAGGGGAACGAAAUUAUUCAACAAAAUGUAAACUUUGAAUUUUCGAAACAAGUGACAAGUUUGGAAACUAAACAGACGCCAGAACAGAAGAAAAUGGAGAAAGAAGAAACGAAUCUUACUCUUGAAGAACUUGACGAAGAAGAAAGAUUGAAGCAUCUUCCUCUUACAGUGCUCCUCGUGAUAAUCAUGGUGAUCGGUAUUGUCGGCAAUACCCUUGUACUUAUCAUUUACAAAAGGAAAUUCACCAGAUCAAGUGCUAGAUCUUAUAUUCUGAGUCUAGCGGUAGCAGAUCUGUCCGUAUGUCUAGUUGGAAUACCAUACCAUGUUUUGGACUUGACACUGAUUUUGACAUACACACAUACUAAUCUGUGUAAAGUAUUAAGUUUCUUUAUUGGAGCUUGUACUCUCAGUUCGGUGUUUAUUCUCCUUGUAGUAGGGCUUGACAGAUACUUCAAGGUGUGCAGACCUUUGAAAAGACAGAUAAGGGCUUUUGGUGAUAGAAAAGCAUGUGUUCUAGCAACCUUUGUCGCAGUAGUAAUUUCUAUACCAAAUGGUAUCAUUUACGGGCAAAGUGCUGUACAGACGCCUGUGAACAAUCUUACUGGUGUGGAAUGUUUUAUUGCUGACGAAUAUCACGGUUCUGAUCUAGCCGUAGGAUAUUUGGGAUUUAAUUUGUUAGUUUUUGUCAUUUCAGUUUUGUUUCUGAUCAUUAUAUAUGGUUUUAUAUGCCGGAAGAUAUAUCAACAAGAUCAAAUGUCAGGGGAAAUCAUGUUGAAGAAAACUAAAAAGGUUUGUUUGUGUUGCACUGUUGAAAAUCAGGAGGAGGAAGAUGGUGAUGGAGAGGUUACUGGUGCAAUGAAUAAUGAAGUGGCUGAGGAUGUUAGAGUCACAGAUGACGUUACUGACUCUGAAUUUCAAAGCGUUAACAUAGAAACGGAGGAGACAGAGAAUAAACAUUUAAAGUCAAAGUUAAGAAACGUAAAAAACUCUAAAGGUAAUCCUGAUCGGAAAGCAGCAGUUAAAACUAGUUGCGCAAUGAUACGGCAUAAGAGACCAGGAUCAAAAGCUGGAGAAAAGAACACAAUGAAGAUAACUCUUAUGAUGAUGACGAUAACUAUUGUAUUCGUAAUUUCUUAUCUCCCGUUUAUUGUUAUUUCUAUCAUAGAUUCAAUAGACGAAACCCUUUGGUUUGAUAUGCCAGUCACGGAAUCACUAUUACUGGAUCUUAUGUUGAGGUUGUAUCUUAUAAAUAAUGUAGCUAACCCUGUUAUAUACAGCUUUUGGGACAAAAGAUUUCGGAAAGAAAUCAAACGGCUACUAAGAAAGGUAGCUUGUUGUUUCAAAAACGACGAAGUAAAUGAAGGCCAGUCAUAUACCAAUUCAAGGAGUGGUAUGUCAACAUCCUGCGCUUAUACAAAGAAUACCGAGGCAGUUACAGUUAAAUAGAAUACUUGGAUAGGAACAGUGACUGGAUCUGUGUAGUCUGAAAAGUGUACAUGGUUACUAACAGAUACAAUUAAAUAGAGCAAUGGCAUAGUUGCAUGUACUGUGGAAUUGCUAUAACUUUAAGCACUCUAGAAACACUUGCAAAAUGUUAAUUUUUGACUGGACAUAAAGAAAGUGACACCACUAUGCGUUUGUUCAAAGUGUAUUUAAUCGGGUAUAUCUGUACCGUGAAGUUAAAAUGUUUUAUCUAAAGAUGUACAUAGAUGAUAGCCAUAUAAUAGUUAAAUAUUUCAUAGUUUAAACAUUUAGACGCUGUUGAAAUAUUUCACAUUAUGGUAUUGAUUCAAAUUAUAUUUAUAUACAUGAUGACAAACAGUUAUUUUUAGUAAGUGCCCAUAUGUCUAUUAUGCCCAUAUGUCUAUAACGUCCCCUAGUACAAAAGCGUUAGAGACAUCACAAGUACUAUUAACAUUUCGAGACUGACAAUAUUAUUUCGAGUCUGUUGUGCUUAGUUUCAAUUAGUCCCAAUCCGUAAGUCACAGUGUAUUUUCCAUGUAAGUGAGUAAGUAAGAAAGAAAGUAAGUCAGUAGGUAAAUCGUUUUUUAUAGUGACAUGUGUAAAUCUACAUAUGAUAUUUUCAUAACGUUAUUUACAAGUUGUAAUGACGCGCCCGGCCCGAUGGGCCUAUAUGUCCCCUGUAUCAUAAUACGUUUUGUGACUAUAUACAUACAUUACGUAUACAACAUUUGUGCAUUAGACAAUUUUUCUUCAUAAACUUUUAGUCAUACUAACAGCAUCGCCUACUUUCAUAAUAAUUUUAAUUAAAUUAGAAAUAUAAUAAUUUGGUUUCUGCAACCAUUUGCCAAAACGCCCCAGUGUGCAUAAACAUAUUCUUUGAGUAUCUAUAAACAAAUAGAUUGCUUUGUUUACUUCGCCGGUAUGUAUUACAAACCGUUAAACUAAUCAUAACCUUUAAUUAAAACCUGGAUUGGCAUUUUGCUUAUUGUACUGAAGUUAGAAUAAAAAGGUUGAGAUAAUGCUCAUAUUUGUUGUAUUGUGAUGU